AUGAAGUACCUUGAUUUGUGCGCACUACACGAGGUCAACCUCGCCCUAAACUUCGACACCCAAGACACCGCCAUUAUCGGUGGAUGCGAUCUCUGGACCGUAAAAGCAGCUGGCAGCGAUAAGAAACUAUACAAGCGCAUCGAGAACACGCUCGAGGCCAGGCACAAGGACCAUCUCGCGGCUAUUGCAGGCUUAUCUGAGCAAUCGGCUGCGCAGUUCGCCGACGACAUAGAUGUCGAAAGGGACACGCCUUUCGGCAGCUUCAACGAGGCUUCGAAUCGACACUCGUUCGCUUAUCUCAUCGCGACAUUGAACGCGACACACAUCGACUACGACUUUGCGAACACCUUGAAUCCUGACGAGUUCCGCCGCGAAACCCAGCAGAGCUUCAUGCACAAGAUCGACCAGACCAUGUACUAUCUGCGCCCUCAGGUCUACUCUGCCGGUCUGCCCGCAGGCGCCGUCACACCACUCGGCUCACCGAUAUGGAGUCCUAGAUCUUGGCAGCUGCUCGACAGCGAGAUGGACAUGGUCAACUGCGAGUACUACGCCUGGGAGCCGUCAGACGACCCUUUCGCCGAUGAUGGCGCCAUCUGGAGCCACCACUUCUUCCUGUACAAUCGCGAUCGCAAGCGCGUGAGCUACUUUUACCUGCGUGGCAUCUCUGCCCUCUCGCCAAGUCCCAGCAUGUCGAUGUCGCUUAUGAGCAAGUUCAAGCAGUCCAACUUCGAGUCGAGUACCAACGCUGGAUCGCGCAAGCGAGCCGAGUACUGGCUUGGCGAUCGCGCGCGCAAGGGUCUUGAAGCGUAUGGCGACAGCGACGAGCUAGACAAUAUGGUCAUCGACCACCCCGGCGAUGUUGUCGAUGCGGAUCAGGACAGAUUCGUUCCCAUCCGUGAGAUGAGCAUGGAUGCUGACUACUACGAGAGUGAAGGCGAUAGCGACGUAGAGAGUCUGGUAGAGAUGCACAGACGUAGGAGGAGUGGCGUACGCACCAUGAGCGAGGGCAUCAUGGAUCGCAUGGAGCUCUAG